AGGAAACGCCUGCGUUCAUCAUUCACUCACCUCCAGGUGUUGAAUUUGGAGGAAACCUUCAAGAGGAAGAAGUACUUGACAGCCGAUGAGAGGGUCUUGGUUGCUACCUACCUCGGUCUGACAGAAACGCAGAUCAAGAUAUGGUUCCAGAACCGACGGUACAAAACGAAACGAAAACAA